AGAAAACAGUUGGUCCUGGGGAUCUGAAACCUUUGCGCUUGGCGAAAGCAAAGAGAUACUCAUUCUUUCCUUACCCUGUCCAUUUCGGUCUUUUUCUUAUUCAACGGGCGUUUUUGUCUGGUAGCUUUUGCUAGAAAGUCAUCGUAGGGGGAGAAUGUAUUUCCAGUCCCGUUGUGCUCACGCGUUACAGACACCGGCGACUGACGCAAACGGAUUCCAAGGAAUCUAGAGGUGGCAUUUUGAAAGCGCAUGUAAACAGGGGAGAUUUACACUGUAGUCAGUGUAUGCUGCGUUCGCCUGCAUAUCUCUGGAAGUUUAUCUACGGGUGUGAAUAGCUUUGUAAGGCAAAGUGGAAACACGUAUUCAGACAGCGUGGAUGUUUUUUAGACAGAUCCUUGCUCCGCUGUGAAGGCUUAGAAAAUGUGGAUUUUCAAGCACAAAUUCUUACGCAGCUGAAAUCAGUGAACUUGAAGAACCGUCAUGCCAUCACCCGCGUCUCGUCUCCAAGAACAUAGCAUCUCCGUAGUAGUUUCUUCUGGUUGUUAGUACAAGUGAAACACUAAGCUCUGUAUCAUGGCUACAGCAUAGUCGGUAUGGUAUGAGAACGGCGACUGGAGAUCAUCCUGUUUCGUAUAUCUGUUUUUGGCUCCCCAGUGAGAAGCUCUGAGAAGCGUGGUUCGACAUCGGGAGGCUGUGGCUGGACGAUUUCUUCCUGCAGUUCCGUUGGAUGUGAAGAUGUGCCUAAAUCCCGCAUAGACAGGAAAUUGUGUAUGUGUUUAUUUAUGCGCGUAUGUAUUCACGGUCGGAUCCACUUUGUCGGCUUCAUGCUAGCGUGCAAGCACUUGUAUAGAUCUUCGGAUGCGUCGUUGUCUUUCAUUCUGUCGGAGAGAGACAAGAUGGAUAAAAACACAUGGAAUUUCAAGCAUUUUCGUUGUGUCUGUGCAUUCAGCGGUGCUCACCGUCGUAACGCUUCGAGAAGUUUCUGGUUGUCUUCUUGCAGGGGGUUUUGCGGUUUCUGAGAAGAUACGCAAGAUGUCGGAUCCAAAUCAACCGACUCACGUCACCGUCACAGUGCACAGUGCACGAGAGUUGCACAGCACGAAUCUAAUCACGAAGAUGGACCCUUAUUGCAUCGUGACUAUGGGGAACCACACAUUCAAGACGAACGUGGACGACCAUGGCAACAAAACUCCGUGCUGGAACCAAGCUUUCAAGAUGGACUAUGUCGGUGAGGCUCAAAUGCGAUUCAAGGUAUUGGAUAAAGACAAGCUGACGAAGGACGAUUAUAUCGGCAUGGCAGACGUCACCCUAUCACCGAUUGUGUAUGGAACGCGCCUCUACAAUGCGGAAAUCGAGCUGACGCGUAAGGAAGGCAAACAUGCAGGGUUCUUGAAAAUCACCAUCGAGUUUGAGCCCAAGAUUAAAGCUGGCACGUCUUCGCCUUCCGCUGCACCUCUAAAUGCAAUUCCUGCUGCAAUGCCCGCUCCAGCUACCGUAAUGCACGGCACGCCAGCACCCGCAUACACCGCAGGUUAUGUUCCUGCCCCUCUACCAGCAGGGCAGCCGAUGGUAGGAACGCCGUAUUACCCGCCUUUACCGGUGGCAUAUGCAGCCCCUGUCCCGGGUUAUGCGGCAACGCCGGCUGCAGGUUACGCACCACAACCGGCAGGAUACGGCGUACCUCCAAGUGCCGCAGCUUAUCAGCCACCAGGAGUGUAUGGGCAGCCUCCUUCUCCGUACUACGGCUAUCCCCCUGGAAGUUAUUACCCCCUUCGAUAGGUGUUCAACAUGAAACGUACCGUGAAAGAAAGGCCAUGUGUCAAACGCCUUCUUUGGAUAGUCACAAGCUGUUAGAUCUGUGCGCGCCGGCGACUCUCCAGGAGAUGAUUCUACGGUUCCUUGUCGUAGUACCGGAUAAUUGGAGGGAAUGAGCGAACGUGGAACUGCCGCAGAACACUCGAUGUCCUCGCUGUGGGAGUGUUGUGGCGGGGCAGAAAGGGCGCAGAGUACUUGUUCCCCUCUCAGGAGUUCCAACGACGCUUCAAAUUCAUUUCGUUUCGCGGCUGUCACCUCUUCCGCGUACUUUUUGGUGUUGUGGUUUAUACGCCUAAAGUGGUAAAUCAGCAGGAGCUUCUAAUUCCAGUCUAACUUCCAUACUCACAGGGAGAACAGUUCAGGAUGAAUAUACAGUCGUGUCUCGUGUGAAUUUUCGAUCUUCUCUCAUGUAGUUUUUUAAGUACUGCCGAGGUAAAAUGCAUUCCACGUGUGCCGUAUGAAAGAGUGGAUACGAUACGGUCAUAUUUUGGCACUUGUAUUGACUAAACUGGGUGUGGACACACUGCUGUUACUCAUGGAUCUGACGUCGCUUCGCGCGCAUCUUCCCUGGCUUGCGCCUGGUCUCUUAUCUUGAACGAACCCCUCGGCUGCUGCGCUACGGGCUACUACAGUGACAUGACUCAGAUGCUACCUCAUGUAAGUGUCACCAUACUUGGCGGGAGCUGUCAUGUUGCACCGACACAGUGCACAAGGUAGGAACAAAACUGAUGCAGAAGCUGUGUACCCGCCGCAACACUUGUUCGAUGGAAAGGCAACAUAGAUUUUGGGGUCCUAAACGAGACAGAUGCUCGCAUGCAACUCAUCGCAUCCGUGUUCUCUACCGUGGCUGAACGCCGUUAAUGCCGUGGACUAUCAUAUGAGGGAAGGAAUCGCUGGGAGCAGCCCCUUUCUUGUCUCCUGUAGAACUGCGGAAGGACCACCUGUUCCAGCUGCCACAGUCCAUUCCGCCUUUCUUCGGGGCGUGCGCGGCACUGGCACCGAAGACCAAAACUUUCUUCUCACAUGUACAGCACCGCUUCCCCACAGAGUGAUGAAGUAAUAAAAGCACUCCCGGAGCACUAAUGGGUUACCGUAUCAUCGGUGGUCUGGUACACAACUCUGAGAACGGGGAAAACCGGAAAGAAUCGCCAUCAGUGUAGAAAAGCCAGUCCAAGUGAGGGCUUUCCAACAGUCAUCGAAAGGCAGGCUGACAUACGGAAAGCGAAGGUUUCGUGGGGUGCGGCAACAAGCAUUAUCGUUCGCCGAGACAUCCCACUGUGGUCAUGAAAUAGACGGGAACCGUCAUCGGUAAAGGGUAUUUCUCACGCGGCACACGCCGACCGCGUUCAUGCCCUAUUCGUGAGAAAAAAGCGUUGCCUUCCCUCGCGGUAUCGAGGGAGGGGAAGACAUCCACAGUAUCUCGCACUUCCGUGCAUCCGACUUGAUGAAGAAGUACACUUAUCGCAAGCUCAAGAAAGGUACGCAAGUGUUUUUCCACUUCAGGAAGGAGAUUCCUGGUGGAGGGGAGUCUUCUUCGUCUUGCCUCUUUGCAGCCGUGGGUCGGUGUGCGGAAACUUUGUUCCUGAUGUGUAAUUUGUCAACUACACGAGUGACCCUCACUGCAAACUGCUUUAGCCGUCCCUAGCAGCAUCUGAGGGAGAGGAUUCAUACGGAUGCACUGGAACGAUGCGGCUGCUGACAUGCAAUAGUUUUUCGGUAGUGCGCUUUACAGCUACUCCUGCAGCCUGCUCCAGCCCUGUGUGGUUCGACAUCCCCCGCGCAUCUGCUCCACAGAAACGACCCCCUCUGCGCUACGAGGCAACUCCAUUUGCAGCAAGCUUCAGCCUUGAUAGUUAACUGAUAAUGACGUUGGGAGCAUUUCUUUACUCCGAAACGCAUGUCGUUGAUUGGCAGCGUCACUUCUGGCUGGAUUCGAUGUACCAAGGUUCCCUGCUCCGCUGUACAAUGUUACAAACGAUCUAUACUCCGUUCUUGAAAGUACGCAGGUGUGUGGGGCUGGACCUACUGCAUGCCCAUGAUGGCAAGCGAGGUUCCAGACCUCUUUUUUCUGCGGUGUGGAUGGACAGCUAUAUGGAGGAGACGCGUCAAGAAAGAUCGCUCGCAAAUAUGGAGCCAGCUGUAUGAACCGGAAGUCCUGGACGCUGAUGUUGUGUCCUCGAAGUUGACUGUGAGGAAGCCAUCGUGGGGCCCACUGUGAUGUGGGGGAAUGUCAGAGAGACCCAAUACACCCUCCCACUCUGUUUAUUUUCUCCUUCACGCAGACUCACUGUUUCUGUAUCCCACAGCGCUGACGAAACUACCUGCACCGCGGCCUCUACGGGAACACUCGUUCUUCUACACAAAUGCAAACUUCUCUGCCUUCGGUAGUCGCCCAGGUGACGUACCAGACACGUAUUCAGGCUGCUCUGACCAACAAAAGGGCUUGCGACGAGCCCGGAACAGCCUUCACUUUCUGGUGUUUCGCGUCCCUGCGUUGCUCGGUUCUUUGCAUCCAUGCAUGCCUUUCCUGAACACCGGGCGAACAUUGAGGGGAAAUAGUAGGAUGCGGAUUCUUUCAAUGAGACCGUUUUUGUUUCCUGGAAGAGUCUACCGUGUUCUUGUCGAGCCAUUGCAUGCAAGACGGCCAGCCCUUUCUGCCCUGAAGCAGCGGAAUCACUUCGGUCACCCAAGUAGGAUGGUAAGUAUGGGCUUCGACGUCUCAGACUGCCUUCGUACGAAGGUGCGCACAAGUAACAUGUCUUGCCUUUGUAUCCCAAAGUUUUCCCUUCGAGACCUUCGCUGUUUUCAAGAAUUACACACUCAUACGAAAACAAGCGUGCUCACUGUACGACGAUCGAUAUGAUGCCGCCACAUUUCUUCGACGUACACGCUGUUGAGGAGCAUUACUUUUCCAUAUUUGGAUAAAUCUGGAAACAAUAGGGAGCCAACAGGAUCGCGAGGAGCCCUUCUGUGAGACCGACAAAUAACUGUGCGACCGAAAUCAGCAUCAUCAGAAGCGUUCUUACAAAAAUCAAACGUAUUCGCAGCCUACGAGAGUAUCAUCAGUAACGUGCGUGAAGAAAUGGAGACGGAUUCGCUGCGUUUGCCUUUAUGAGCCUGGGGCCGAGCGAUUUAGUUUCCAUUUUGUGGUUGCUUCCACACUUUCUGUGCUGGAUUUUAUUUUUAGAGUCGCACACGCAAACAAAAUCACAUGGCAACUGUAGCCGUCGUGCGCUCACCAGCGGACGCUUUUUAUCCCAGAGGCUCUUGCAACGCUGGUUGUAGACCGCGUGAAGCACUAAGUCUUCGGGUUGCUGCUGACCUCAGCUUCCGCACGCGCAAUUGGAACAGUUGUGGCGUAUAUUAAUUUACACACAUGUUCGCAUGUAGGCUGUUUCUAUACAUUCAUGGAAUUUUGAUGGGUUUCCCGAUAAAGGAUCGGUGUAGCGGAUCGUGUGUCUAUCGCUACGCGGGUAUGUGCCGAUAUUUGCAGACUAUAGGCACAAGUGCCUUUCCCCGGUUUAUUCGGAACUGGUGGGAGGCUGACACCAUCUGGUGAUGUUAGGUCAGCGACCCAAAACUAUUCUCUCGCGUCAGGAGCUUGCAGCUUCUGGAAGCGUCGUUGACUGGCGUGCGCACCUCCGUUCUCUGUCAAAUCCAUGCCCC